UAAUAGUUUAAUUAUAUACUCAGUAUAGAAGCAGAUUAUUUUAACAAUGUAAGCAAUUUUGACGAGAUACUGACAUGUCUUUCAAAAUUUUAUUUAUAUUAAUACGAUUAUCAGAAUCUAUUACUUUAUACUAUAAUAUGUAACAUUACACUAACUUAUAAUACAUGCCUAUAUUUAUGAUAAUAUUUUAUGAUAAUAUUUAUUAUACAAUUCACUUUAGAGCACCAAUAUAAGAAAAGAAUAUAAAUAACAAGUGAUAUAUUUUAUGUACAUUGCACAUUACAAACACUAUGCGAAAAGAAUUCCAAAAGUUGCUAUAAAUAAAUAUUAAUCGCUUUCGGGAUAUGACUUUAGAUAUGCAUACGGAAUUUCACUGUUUUAUACCUUCAUUAAUAGUAUCUGCACAAUAAUAAACAAAUGAGAUAUUAAUAGAUUAUACUAAAAUAUUUACGUAAGUAUUAGGUAUACAGAAACACUAUAAUGAAAUAAUCCAUUCUAUAUAGUUGGCAUUAUUUUUAAAUAUCACAGUUUUAAUAGGAAUUCUUUUUUUAUAUAUAGAUAUUUAUAUAUAGAAAUAAAAUAUAAUUAUAUUUUACUUUAUGCAUAAAACGUGCGCGUAUACUUGAUGCCAUUUUUGUACAUAUUUAAAAAAAAUAAGAUUAUACUAACAUAAUUAACUGGACACAUAUUAUAAGAGUAAAUUGUAUAGUCUACGUAUAAAAAACAAGCAGAGAAGAUGAGAAAAUGAGAACAGGUAGCCAGGAUAUGCACGUGCAUAUGUCACAUUAUUUCACAUCGAAGUGUACACUUCGGUGCCACAAGAUCGACUGACGGAUCGAAAGGUACAGCUACCUAUUGCGCUUGCGCUUACAUACAUUGAAGAAUAAAACAUCUCUUUUUCUUAUAUUGUCUCCCUUUUUUACGUCUAGCAAUUUACUAAUUGAGUGAAAUAUCUUUUUUAUGUGGUACAUCGAUACAUUGUUUGGUACACGUACAGCUCAUAUUACAUCUAUAAGUUACAUCUAUUUUUCAUUGUAUAAUAAAGACAAAUUACUAAACUUUAAAUUUACAUCAAUUUCGUCUUCACAUAAGAUAUUAUAGAUAGUAUAGUAGAAGAUAUUGUAAUAAACAUUUGAUAAGAAAGAGAUCAUUUUCAAUGUCCUGAUCGGAAGCUCAGUCAUUCGGUUUUUCAUUGACUAAGCUGCUUCCUCCGUCACUCUAAAAAUGGUAUUUGCAGGCGCACGCUGUUUUAAACUUCAUCGAAUUAUGUUUAUGAUUGUGGGAUUAUGGCCAUAUCAGAAAACAGUUAUUUGGCAAAUACAAGCAGUGUUCUUUUUCGGUGCAUACAGCUGCAUGUUAUUUUCUCAGUUUACGCCGUUCUUAACGACGACUUGUAACAUGGAUUGUAUUCUAAAAAGAUUUUCAAUUAUUUGUAUUACUUUCGUUUUUAUUUUGAUUUACUACUCAUUCUACUUCAAUUCUGAAGCUGUUAAGCAAAUGGUUGAACAUAUGCACUUUGACUGGAAAAUGUUUGCAAAUAGUGAUGCAAUGAAAAUAUUUGAAGAAUAUCUCUUCGAAUCUUAUAUUUUUGCAGUAUCUCUGUGCUUUCUUUAUUUACUAACUUCAUCUUUCAUUAUGAUUAUGGAAAGUAAACCUAUCAUCCUUGAUGUUAUUGCACCAAUGAAUGAAUCUCGACCACGAAAACUUGAUAUAGAUAUUGAAUUCUUCGUCAAUGAAGAACAAUAUUUCUUUUUCUAUUUAGUGCUGGAGUUAUCAGGAUUAGGGAUCGGCACUUGGUCGCUGCUUACAACUGGGACGUUUCUAACGACAGUAACGAAACACUCAUGUGCUACAUAUAAAAUUGUUAGUUACUUAAUCCACAAUACAGUAACGGUCCAUACGUUACAACUUCCUAUUGUUCAAAGAAUACAAUACAUGCGUCGGAAUAUUUGUCUUUCAGUUUACUUUCAUAGAAGAACAAUGGAGUUCUGCAAAGACAUAAUACCUUCGUUUAAUAUGUGGUAUUUUCCAGUAGUUUUUAUUGGCGUCUUGUCCUUAAGUUGUGUUCUAUUUCGCCUAUAUAAUGCUAUAAUGCAGUUCAAUGACUUGUAUGAUAUUUUAGUAUGCAAUGGAGUUUUAGUUUGUUAUUUGCUAUAUAUGUUUAUGGCAAAUUUUCUUGCACAGUCUUACACUGACCACAGUGUAGAAGUAUUAGAAUCUGCAUAUGAUACUCUUUGGUAUGUAGCACCAUUGCCGAUUCAGAAAUUGUUCUUAAUUAUGCAAAACUCUAUAAGGAGCCAUAAAAUAGUAGUGGGUGGUCUUUUCGUUGCGUCUAUAGAAGGAUUUUCUACGCUUGUGACUUCCGCUGUAUCAUAUUUUACUGUUAUGCACGCUAUGCGUUUAUGAGUAUAAAGGGACGAAGAAACAGCGAAGAAGAUAUAAGUUAUUCAGAGCCAUGCUUAUAUGCUUUAUAAUUGUUCUUACAAAGAUAAGUAAUGAAAGCUUCUCAAAAAAGAAAGGAGUUAUCUAUGUUAUAUGUACACGUUAUAUGUAUAUGUAUACGUUAGAAAUAUAUGUAAUUGGAACGUAUUUCGAUUUUUUGGGGAAGACAAUACAUUAAAUUUGGCAGUAUACAUUGUAUUUUAUUGCUUCAUGUACUUAUUUGCUUUUUGGGGAAUAUUAUUUGCUACUUAUUAUACUUUAUAAAACAUUCAUUACUAAAUAUAUUUAUUUGGCACACGUCGAGCAUUAGACACAAGAGUAUUUUACUAUAUUUGAUAAUAUUGUAUAUUGUAAAUUGUAUAUUGAAUUUCGUGCAAUGUAAAAUCCUAUAUUAGUUAUAAUAGUUUAAUAAUAUAUUCAUUAUAGAAGCAGAUUAUUUUAACAUUGUAAUCAAUUGUCACAAGGUACUAACAUGUCUUUCGAAGGUCUAAUUAUAUUAAUACGAUACGAUACGAUAAUCUGAAUAUCUGUUAACUUACUAUAAUAUGUAAUAUUAUAAUAAAUUACAUGCCCAUAAUGAA